AUGCCCGAAAUUGUUGUUAGAAUUUUUCUUCUUCAAAUAAAGGUAGAAACUUUGUUUUUAUGGAUAUAUGUUGAAUGUCUAGCUUUUCCUAUAGCUGAAUGUUCAUUGUACUUUUUGAAUAAUGUAUUAGCAGAAGUACAAGAAGCUAAUUUACUAUUACAAAGACAUUAUACAACCGGUGUUAAUUUAUACAGUAUCAUAACAGAUUUAUUACGUAAAUUAAACAAUCGCUUGGAUGACCAUUAUUUUGGUCGUAAAGUGAUGGACUUAUUAGAAAAAAUUCAACAUCCAACCGAAAUUAAUGAUUUAAAAAAAUUAUUUCGAUCAUUCAAUCAAAUAGUUAUCCAAUACAUUGAAAGUUAUUACCAAGAUCAUUCUUUAUUAUACAAGUCAAUAUUAAUUUUUGGUGAAAUACAUGUAGAUAUUGAAAGAAUUGAAUGGAAAAGCAUUGGACAUUGUAUUACAUUUAUUUAUGCUAAUAAUAUUGAUAACGUUUGUUUAUACAAUGAGUUUAACCAUAUUGGAUCAAAAUAUAUUGGAAUUAAAGGCAAAUUUGAUGGAAUCUAA